CCAGGUCCUCUGGGGGUUUGCGGAACUGUUCAGGGCGGCAAAGUUCCCUCAAUUCCAGCGCAAUGGUCAUUUAGCAGUUGAACUCAAAUGUUUUAAUGAAUUGACUUGGGAAAGGCGUAUGCCGAGGCUUGGGUUGUUGAUAGCGCUUCUUCUAGCGACAGGCCAUGGACGGCCACAGACACCAAGAGAAAUUUUCUUCUCCACGCCGCCUGCGAUACUCGUUCGAACCCUUGCCCCGAAUCUGGAUGCGACGAGGUGGAGCAUUUACCAGCACUUCACCUUGGAGGUCACCGGAGAAAGAUUAAAGGGUGGCUUGUCAGGCGGUCAACCGCUCAUCGUUGACGGUGAGGCUUGUGAUGCAUCCAUGCCACUCACUGCAGCGCUGGAGGGCUUCCUUCCGCAAGGGGACACCUUUUCGGCGCCUGAAAUGUCGUCAGACUACCUGGCAGAGGUGUGGCGGUUCAAGAAUUUGCGCUUGACAGUUGGAGGCGUGUUCAGUGCUUGCUGGUGCCGACCAGAAGGUCAGGAGCACUGGCCCGGAGAGCCGAAGCCUGCAACUGCUGGCCGGGUCUGUGAGAUGGCGGCAGGUGGUCCUUUGCAUGUGGUUGGUCCAGUGGAACUGCUAGGGACUGACGGAAUGCUAGAGCAGGACCCCGAAAGCACUCGAACUCCAUAUGUGCUUGAUCGUUUUCUGCUGAAUGUUCAAGGCUACUUCUUGGAGGUGGACUUUGACCGAAUCCGAGUUGUGGAUGAAGAUGUUUCGUGCGGUGGGCCUGGAUCAGCACUCUCAAGUCAGGCCUUUCUUGGUUCUGGUGUUGGAGCAGCUGCUGCAUCGGUGAAGCCUGGAAUUCAAUUCGUCGCUUCUCUUGGACAGCCAAGUACUGUCGGCUCCAUGGAAGUUCAAGAUGCAAGUGGCUACCUUCCGGAGAUCAGGGCACCACUGGGGCCCGGUGUCGACCCAACGGGUGACAACGCAUCUUUGGUUUGGUCUGAUCUUGCAACUACUACAGCUGGGGUCUACAGAGUCUGUUGGUGUUCUGCGUUGAGGCCUACAAAUGCAGGGGACAAUGUUGUGGACAUGACAGACCUGUUCCCAUUUCCGCCUGAUGAGUUGGAGGUGAACAUUUCGAAUGAUACGAAUGAUUCAAAUUGGACCUGGGACUAUGACUUUGGCUGGGAGGACUACGGGGCAGCGUUUCGACAGCUGCAGGAGAGAGGUGGCAAUGGAGGAAGUAAUGACAGCAACCUCAGCAACCAGAGCGAGCCGAUGGAUGGUGACAACAUGAGCAACAGCAGCAACGCAAGCUUCGAGGAGCAGCUAGAUGAAGAUCUUGACCAGCAGCUUCUGAAUGUCACGGCUGUUUGUCACUCUGAUGCUUUGUUCAACUUGGAUCUCGGCAAUUUCUCGAUUGCCGGUCCAACCUCCUUGGAGGUGCUUGGAGCUGAAGGCUUCGAUCGGCGUAAAGUUCGCGUUGGAGUUAAUUUUUCUCUGACAGUCCAUGGCUUUGGUUUGGGAGAUGGAGUUUCUCAAAGACUUCGAUUGGUCCUCGCACCUUUGCGCUGCGGCCAAGCGGGGACAGUCAAUGGUACGCAACAUCUUCGGGGCCAAUUGGCAGAGGACCCUGAAUCACCUGGGAGCGGCUCAGACCCCAACUCGGCACAGACUUGGGGGCCCUUGCUUCUGUCACGAAGUGGUCUUUACUAUGUUUGCCUGUGCUCUGGACGAGGGAGGCAGUGCGGCCAAGAUAUCGACUACCAGGUAGAGGUUGGCAGCGUUGAGGCGUUCUGGCCUGACUUGCGCUUGGCUUCAGGCGGCUUCGAGCUCAGAGUCCUUCCUCAUGUUGUUUUCGCAAUGGAUUUGGUGGGCCCUGAGCUGUCAGUUUAUGAUCGCGUGAGGAUCAUUGACUACAGCGGUGAAUGUGGGCAGCCUGGGUCCGAAGUGCACACUCCGAAGCUGCGGGGGCCGCUAGCUGAAACUCCAAACGUGCAAGGAGUGCAAAGUGGCGCAAAUACACUGACUUGGCCCAACCUGCACGGAGCCACAGUGUGGCCUUCUUGACCC